AUGACUCCACCCAAAAGAAAGCCAACCAAUGGCUCAAAAAAGAAGUCAAGGUCCACCUCUCCAAUGGAUGAAUCCCCUGAGUCUUCUGUGAAUGUCUUCACUUUUAACGUGGCUCCCAACAGUGAUGUCAUGCAGUGUAUAUCUGACAUUGCUAGCAGGGACCAGGUUAGUGUUACUGUGAUUAGUGCCACUGGCAAAAUCAACAAGGUGACUCUCAAAUCUUCAACCAAUGGUGAACCCGAUCUCAUGCUCCAUGGACCACUCACCUUGGUCUCCCUCACAGGCUCCUACUUAUACAACAAUCAGUACACCCUUCACCCUGGGGCCACCCCUCCCCUUUCCUUAUCCUUUGGGAUCAACCUCUCCACCAUUGGAGGCAAGGUCUUUUGUGGCGUUGUUGGUGGUAGAGUCAUUGCUGGUGAGAAUGUUAAGAUCACAGUCUACACCUAUACGAACCCUAACAUUUUGAAGUAUUCGGCCGAAGGUCAAGAAGACAGUGGUAAUGAUAAUAAUGAUGAUGAAAAUCACAAGAAUAACAAUUUUGGUGAUGACCAAUGA